AUGUGGCGAGCUACAAAGGAUGCACUGCCAACCCGGGAAAAUCUCACUCAUAGAAAGGUCCUCACUAAUCCUACUUGCGAAGUCUGUGAAACAGAGCUGAAGUCCACCUUCCACGCCUUCUGGUCUUGCCCAAAGCUAAAAGAGGUUUGGAAAGUACAUUUUGAGACUUUGAAAAACGAAAAACAAGAAUGCUUGACCUUUCUGGAUGUGUUUAAAACAUGUUUGGAGCAGCCCCACAAUACGUACUUUUUUGCAAUGCUAGUUGAUCAGAUUUGGUUCAGAAGAAAUAAGCUGAGAUUGGGUGAGGAGGUGGUGGACCUGAAGCUGCUUAACUCAAGGGCCAGAGACGCUCUUCAUGAAUUUCAACUCGCCACCGCCACGCCUCCAAAACCCCCUCCUAUCCGAACCCCCAUCAAAUGGAAUCCACCCCCCUCGGAAUGGUUCAAAAUCAACUUCGACGGGGCUGUUUUCAAGGAGCAAGCGAAAGCUGGUUUAGGCUCCAUCAUUCGAAACGACCAUGGUCUAGUUAUGGCUGCAUCAACACAAGUUAUUCUGCUGCCCACUUUUGUGGAGAUGGUGGAAGUGUUAGCAGCGCGGAAGGCUUUCAUCUUUGCCAAUGAACUUGGUUUUGAUAAAGUCAUCCUAGAAGGAGACUCUGAAAUUGCAAUUAGAGCCAUGAAAUGUGAUGACUACUCUGCAACAUCCUUUGGUCACAUUGUCUCUGACAUUAAGGCAGUGGCGGCUCAGUUCAGGUGCGUGAUAAUCCAACACACUCGCAGACAAGGGAACAUGGUAGCACAUAGCCUUGCAAGAACAGCAUGUAAUUUUCCUCCUUUUUGUACUUGGAUGGAGGAAGUUCCUCUAUCUUCUUUUGCUGUGUAUUCUGCAAAAACUAUCAAUAAUACAUGA